AUGACUACCUCGGAUUCUGCAUCUAGUCGAAAUGUCGCUUCUCGACAGAAGAAAAGAAAACCUGCUAAUCGGCGCGCGCUUAGUUGCUAUCUAUGCAGAAAGCAUAAGCUAAAGUGUGAUCGUCAAAUUCCUUGUCACAGCUGCAUCAGAUAUCAAAGAGAGGAUCAAUGUAGGGAAAAUCCCGCCCCAUCUGCUUCAGCCCGCAUUACGUCGCGACAAUCGCCUUCAAUCAUUGCUCCUGGAUGCUUGCCAGCGCCGCCCAAGCCAGGAGGCGAUUCGUUGCUAGAAAUUCUAAAAUUCCCGAUGAAAUACACCGUCAACGCGCUUGUGGAAUGUUGUCAAUCAAAUAGUCGUCUGGAUCCCGCAUAUACGACCUUGUUUCUUCAUUCACGCUUUACGUUACCGAUCCUGCUGCCACAAUCCAUGCCUAUGGGCUCAGUUUUAGGCGAUUCGAAGGUAACUUCGUCAUCGCUGAUACCCCGCCACAUAGACUCCAAGUUAUUCUGGAGAGUGCAGCUGGCAUCACUCCUACCACCUCGAAAACUGUGCGACAGACUUGUAUCGUAUUACGUAGAGAAUAUCGACCUCAUCUACCACGCUAUCCACAUCCCGAGUUUCCAGCAUCAAUACAACGCCUUAUGGACGUUGAAUACCGCUGAAAUUGAUCUCAUAUGGCUGGCGUUAUUGCUGACAGUCAUUUCCAUAUCUGCGCUCAUGGCUCCUAAAGAAUACGUGGAGACAUUGGGCAUUGCAAACUCCGCAGGCCAUGACUGGGCCCAUGUCUGGCAUCAAGCAUCUCGCCAGGCUCUACAUACCGGUGAAUUUGAGUUGAAGCCAACUUUGACCCAGCUGCAGGUGUUUCUAUGCACUCAGAUAUACUGGCUAGAGACUAAAAAUCAUGAGAUACUCAACUCAGCUCUGGGACAGGCGGUACGGAACGCGCAGGCCAUCGGAUUAGACAAAAACCAACCUGGCAAAGAUCGUCUUGAUACGGAACUCAGGCGUCGUGUCUGGUGGGAGCUCGUGAUUAAUGAUACUUAUCAGGCUAUGUGCCUAGGGCGUCCUCCUCUAAUACAUCCUUCAUCCUCCGAGGUACCAAAGCCAGUUCAUUGCAACGAUGUUGAUGUCUCUGAGACAACCAUCACGCCACACCCCAUGGAGGAAAUCACCGACAUGAGUGCUAGCAUUGCCCAAAUUGAGGUUUAUAUCGUGUUCCGUCGACUCUUCGAGGACAAUGGUGCCUAUAAUUCGUCGUAUGAAUUUGUUCGAUCAAUCGAUCGUCAGAUUCAGGACGUUGUAUCCCGAUUCCCAUGGUACUUUCAAAUCAACAACCAAAUUAAUCUUCGCCAUGUGUCAAGUAUGAACACUAUUUUUUGGCAGCACAAUAGUUUGCAUAUCGGUAUCUGUCUGCAGAGAAUUCGACUGAACAGACCCUUUCUCCACGCGCGUAUCGGUGAGUCAUGGCUUGUUUGCGCAAAAGCCGCGCAAGAUAUCUUUGUUCCAUACCGGAGAAUGCGUGAGACCCACUUUACAGGCUUUCUAGGUUCGCCGCGGUUCACUUCGCUUGAAUACGACGUUUAUACUGCCGCCGUAGCAGUGGCGGCGUUUCUGCUGGUGGAACGGUCGUUGCCAGGACUAUCCUCAAAAUCAAUGGUUCAAGACAUUCAGAUGGUGAUAUCAGACCUGGAACAAGUAGAUCUUAGACCUAUGUUGGCUGAUGGAGUCAAGGUGUUGCGAAAGAUGCUUGACUUAUUUGAGAAGCAGGACCACUCUCCAGACUCACAGGCUCGUAUCUCUCUUGUGAAAGAAAUUGCGUCAGUCUUUGGUGGAGAGGAGGUUGCAAAGAAGUAUUUGAAGCAGUCUCAUAAUGAUCCACUUGACUCUACGAAGGCUACGACGGCAAAUGCAGCUUCUACGAGGACGUUCCAAUCACACUCGGGCCUAGAGUCGGGAUUUGGAGCUGGAAUCCUUUCAAGCUCAGAACAUUCAAGUCCUGCAAUGGGGAAUUCAUUUAUGACCUUCAAUGAUUCUGCAUCAAUUGACUUUGAGGUUGCACUGGAAAUGUUAAGCUUCGACCAGUGGUUAGACUAUCCGAUGCCUGAUGGCACGUAUGCACCGGUAGAUCACUGGUAA